UUCUGUAUGAGUGGAGAAGACAGUUGUCAGAAGUGGAAGUGACACAACGUAUUUUUAGGAUGUCUGAAGAUGAAGAAAAAGUGAAAUUACGCCGUCUUGAACCAGCUAUCCAGAAAUUUAUUAAGAUAGUAAUCCCAACAGACCUGGAGAGGUUAAGAAAGCACCAGAUAAAUAUUGAGAAGUAUCAAAGGUGCAGCAUCUGGGACAAAUUGCAUGAAGAGCAUAUCAAUGCAGGACGUACAGUUCAGCAACUCCGCUCCAAUAUCCGAGAAAUGGAAAAGCUUUGUUUGAAAGUCCGAAGGGAUGACCUGGUACUUCUGAAGAGAAUGAUAGAUCCUGUUAAAGAAGAAGCAUCAGCAGCAACAGCAGAAUUUCUCCAACUCCAUUUGGAAUCUGUAGAAGUACUUAAGAAACAAUUUAAUGAUGAAGAAACUUUAUUACAGCCUUUAACCAGAUCCAUGACUGUUGGUGGAACAUUUCACACUACUGAAGCUGAAGCUAGUUCUCAGGGUCUGACACAGAUAUAUGCAUUGCCUGAUAUUCCUCGAGAUCAAAAUGCUGCAGAAUCAUGGGAAACCUUAGAAGCGGACUUAAUUGAACUUAGCCAACUGGUCACUGAUUUCUCUGUCCUGGUGAAUUCUCAGCAGGAGAAGAUUGACAGCAUUGCAGACCAUGUCAACAGUGCUGCUGUGAAUGUUGAAGAGGGAACCAAAAACUUGGGCAAGGCUGCAAAAUACAAGCUGGCAGCUCUGCCUGUGGCAGGUGCACUCAUCGGAGGAAUGGUGGGGGGUCCGAUUGGCCUCCUUGCAGGCUUCAAAGUGGCAGGAAUUGCAGCUGCACUUGGUGGUGGGGUGUUAGGCUUCACAGGUGGAAAAUUGAUACAAAGAAAGAAACAGAAAAUGAUGGAGAAGCUCACUUCCAGCUGUCCAGAUCUUCCCAGCCAAACUGACAAAAAAUGCAGUUAAGAAUCAAACUUUGGUAUUAUUGGUGCCAACAUGUCUAUCCUUAUGAGGACCUUUGCUGCUGUUGGACACUCAAUCAGCUUUUGGAACACAAAAAUAUUGAGAUAGUGGCUGUAGAUGCUCAAGUGGGAUUGAUAAGUGGAUUUAUUUUGUUGUUUGCUGGGGUGUUAAUGGAGAUUUUAGAGAUUGAGGACCAUGGGCUAAAGGCAUAUAAUGUCUGUCAGGUAAAGUUUAAAGACUGCCAAAGAGCAAAUUUUCUGCCUGGAAAUUGAAAACUGAACCUGUAACUCUGAUAAGGACCUAAGAUAUGCAGAAAUGUUGGGUUAUAGAAGAAAAGUUUCUUCCCUAACCCUGAAUUGGAGACCUUAAGGCUAGGUGUAUUUAAAGACUAUUUAGGCCCAUUAGCAAGGAAAAGAAUGGGAAGUUCAGGAGCCUUUCUUAUCAGAUAGGGAAAUCAGGACCUAGUGAGGUGCACAGGUAACUACAUAAUGGAGUCCACUUGGUGAAAAAUAUU